AAAUCCAAACAAAGCCGUUCCAAAUAAUAUUCUCAAGAAUCUCAACCGAUGCAAUGUAGGAUAAAGUUUGAUCAUGAUCACACUUCUCAAUUCCUUCGCCUCACCCGUGAAUCAGUUUCUGUUGACUAGGUUAAAACUCAAUCUUGAGUCUUCACCUCGUAUAAAUAGUGAGAUCCAUAACUGGUAAACACUUUUUCUGCUCCUGAGUGAGUCGUAACCAAAUCUUUUCAUUUCGUUUCCUCAAAAAGACAACGCAAAACAAGGCCAACACUUCUCUCUCUCUCUCUCAUCACUCUCGCUUCUCUUCUUUCAUUCCUCUCCAUGACUCGCCUCAGGCGACUCGGCACCGCCGUCGGAGCGGCCGUGGCCACCGCAUAUGGCGGCGCCAUCCUCCUGCCUCCUCUGGUCUCCGCCAACGACAGCGGAGGUGGGCGAUCGCACCUCGCCGCCGUCCGGGAGAAGAUCCACGAUCCCUUCGCCGUCGUGCCGGCGAGAGAGGUCCAGCGGUCGGCUCUGGUCGGCGCCAGCGCCGCGAACCCUCUUGACAUUCUCGUCAUCGGCGGCGGCGCCACUGGCUCCGGCGUGGCGCUCGACGCCGUCACCCGAGGGCUCCGCGUUGGUCUGGUUGAGAGAGAGGAUUUCUCCUCCGGAACUUCCUCUCGCUCCACCAAGCUCAUUCAUGGAGGGGUUCGUUACCUGGAGAAAGCUGUCUUUAAACUUGACUAUGGCCAGCUGAAGUUAGUAUUUCAUGCACUUGAGGAGCGUAAACAGGUUAUUGACAAUGCACCACACCUAUGCCAUGCUUUGCCUUGCAUGACACCAUGUUUUGACUGGUUUGAAGUAUUCUACUACUGGAUUGGCUUGAAAAUGUACGAUUUGGUCGCAGGAGCACGACUCUUGCACUUAUCAAGAUAUUAUUCUGCAAAAGAGUCUGUUGAGCUCUUUCCCACUCUGGCAAAGGAGGGAAAAGGUAGAAGCCUGAGGGGAACAGUUGUUUAUUAUGAUGGGCAGAUGAAUGAUGCACGACUUAAUGUUGGAUUGGCUUGCACAGCGGCAUUAGCUGGUGCAGUGGUGCUGAACCAUGCUGAAGUUGUAUCCUUACUGAAGGAUGAUGCUGGUGAACGGAUAAUUGGUGUACGAAUUAAGGACAAUUUAACUGGCAAAGAGUUUGAUACAUAUGCAAAAGUAAUUGUGAAUGCGGCUGGGCCUUUUUGUGAUUCUGUAAGAAAAAUGGCUGACAAAAGUGCACGAGACAUGAUUUCUCCAAGCAGUGGUGUACAUAUUAUACUCCCCGAUUAUUAUUCUCCAGAGGGAAUGGGCUUAAUUGUUCCCAAAACUAAGGAUGGACGUGUUGUUUUUAUGCUACCAUGGUUGGGACGAACAGUUGCUGGAACUACAGAUUCCAACACUACCAUUACAUUUCUUCCAGAACCACAUGAAGAUGAAAUACAAUUUAUAUUGGAUGCCAUAUCUGAUUACCUUAAUGUAAAAGUCCGACGCACUGAUGUUCUUUCUGCCUGGAGUGGCAUUCGCCCAUUAGCAAUGGACCCAACAGCUAAAAAUACUGAGAGUAUCUCCAGGGAUCAUGUUGUCUUUGAGGAUCACCCUGGCUUGGUCACCAUUACUGGUGGCAAGUGGACUACCUAUCGAAGCAUGGCAGAGGAUGCUGUCAAUGCAGCUAUAAAGUCUGGGAAGUUGACCCCCACCAAUGGUUGUAUUACCAACAAUCUCAGGAUUGUUGGUGGUGAAGGGUGGGAUCCUGCUUCUUUUACUAUUCUUUCUCAACAGUAUAUGCGCAUGAAAGUAACAUAUAAGGGUAAAGUUGUUCCUGGUGUGAUGGACACUGCUGCAGCAAAGCACUUGUCUCAUGCAUAUGGAACAUUGGCUGAGCGAGUUGCUGCCAUUGCUCAGAAUGAAAAUUUGGGAAAACGGCUUGCCCAUGGUUACCCUUUUCUAGAGGCUGAGGUGGCCUACUGUGCUCGUCAUGAAUACUGUGAAUCUGCCAUUGACUUCAUUGCAAGGAGGUCUCGUCUUGCGUUCCUUGACACUGAUGCAGCAGGACGGGCAUUACCUCGUGUGAUUCAAAUAUUGGCAGCUGAGCACAAAUGGGACAAGUCAAGGCAAAAGGAAGAGAUGCAAAAGGCUAAAGGAUUUUUGGAGACUUUUAAAUCCUCCAAAAAUGCUCAAUUCUAUGAUGGGAAGCACAAUUAAUUAUAAUUUUUCUCAGGCUUGAACGAGAAGGGAGUCACCUUCCAAACAUAGUAUUAUUGCCUAGAUUUCCGUGGGUCAAUACAACACUGCAGCUAUGGAGAGUAGCUGAAUACAUUGCAGAAGUCUAUAUUAUUUAGUGAAUUUGUCUACGCUGCAUGGCAAAAAUGCAUUUGAAGUUGAUACGAAGUUGUUUUCUCCAAAAAUGGUUGUCCUGAGCCAUGUGUUUGGAACGAUGUCAGUCACAUUUGUUGGUUGUGGCUAUUAACUUUGUUGGAAAAAAAUGGUAUGGAGGAAAUUAAUAAUAAAAAAAAUAGGUGGCAAACCACUUAUUGUUAAGAGAUCCUUGUUUGCAAUAAGUCCUUCGGAAAAAUAUUGUCCAUCGUGUAUUUGUUUAUGGACUUUACUUUGUUGUAAAUACUGGAUAAGAAAUUCUGAAAUUAAGUUGAAAUAUAAAUAGGUUUUACUUCAAA